AUGGGUUUCUUUGGCACCAUAUUUGGUUUUUUUGGCUUUGGAAUUGGGAUUUCCAUUGGUCUUGUUGUUGGCUAUUUUAUUUUUAUUUACUCUCAACCUACGGAUGUUAAGGAUCCCGAACUCCAACCAUUGGUAGAUGAAGACUCAGAAACUUUGCAACGAAUGAUUCCUGAGAUUCCACUUUGGAUAAAAAAUCCAGACUUUGAUCGACUCGAUUGGCUUAACAAGCUUCUUGAAUAUAUGUGGCCAUACCUCGACAAGGCAAUAUGCAAGACUGCAAAGGACAUUGUAAAACCCAUAAUUGCUGAGCAGAUCCCAAAAUAUAAAAUCGAUUCUGUUGAGUUUGAAGUACUCACGCUAGGGUCCUUACCACCCACUUUUCAAGGAAUGAAAGUUUACGUGACUGAUGAUAAGGAGUUAAUUAUGGAACCUUCUAUUAAAUGGGCUGCAAAUCCUAAUGUCACUGUUGUAGUUAAGACAUUUGGGUUGAAAGCAACCAUUCAGGUUGUGGAUUUGCAAGUAUUUAUUGCACCCCGUAUUACUUUGAAACCUUUAGUUCCAAUCUUUCCUUGCUUUGCCAACAUCUACGUGUCUCUCAUGGAAAAGCCACAUAUUGAUUUCGGGCUAAAGCUUAUAGGGGUUGAUCUUAUGUCUAUUCCUGGCCUUUAUAGAUUUGUUCAGGAGCUUAUCAAAGAUCAAGUUGCAAACAUGUAUCUUUGGCCCAAAACCCUUGAAAUUCAAGUAAUAGAUCCAACAAAAGCUUUGAAGAGGCCAGUUGGAAUUUUAAUUGCAAAGGUUUUGCAUGCAAUGAAGUUAAAGAAGAAAGAUCUUCUUGGUGCAUCUGACCCUUAUGUGACGUUAAAUCUUACUGAGGAUAACCUGCCGUCGAGAAAAACUUCUGUGAAGCACAAGAAUUUGAACCCUGAAUGGAAUGAGGAAUUUAGUUUGGUUGUUAAAGAUCCUGAAACCCAAAGUUUAGAGCUUCAUGUUUAUGAUUGGGAGCAGGCAUAUCUCUACUUAAAGUUUUUAUAUCUUUUAGUUGGGAAGCAUGACAAGAUGGGUAUGAAUAUGAUUCCCUUGAAAGAACUUACACUCGAAGAGCCUAAAGUUUUUACUCUUGACCUUCUGAAAAAUAUGGAACCCAAUGAUGUCCAAAAUGAAAAAUCCCGCGGACAAAUUGUUCUAGAAUUGACAUAUAAACCUUUCAAGGAGGAGGAAUUGGCCAAGGGUUUUGAGAAGACUCUGUCAAUACAAAAAGCCCCUGAAGGCACUCCUCCUGGUGGAGGUUUGCUCAUAGUUAUAAUACAUGAAGCUCAAGAUGUUGAGGGAAAGUAUCAUACUAAUCCACAAGUACGACUUAUUUUUAGAGGAGAGGAAAGAAAGACGAAGAGCAUGAAAAAGAACAGAGAUCCAAGGUGGGACGAAGAGUUCCAAUUUAUAGUGGAGGAGCCUCCCACUAAUGACAAACUACACGUGGAGGUUGUCAGCACUUCAUCACGAAACCUAUUGCGUCAGAAGGAAUCCUUGGGUUACGCUGACAUUAGUCUUUCAGAUGUUGUUGCCAACAAUAGAAUUAAUGAGAAGUAUCAUCUUAUAGACUCCAAGAAUGGUCGCAUUCAAAUAGAGCUAUUGUGGAGAACUUCAUGA